GGAGCUAGUGGGAUUCGGGGGCGCUAAAGUCGCAGGGACAGGGCGGGAAGGAAGAUCCGGAGCGGGGCAGAGGAUCCGGAGCUGGAGCCCCCAGGAUCUUCCCUCCUUGAAGAAGGGAGUGGGUCGGGACGAGUGAGGCCAGCUCCAUGUAUCCGGAAUCGACCACGGGGUCCCCGGCUCGGCUAUCCCUGCGGCAGACCGGCUCCCCGGGCAUGAUCUACAGUACUCGGUAUGGGAGCCCCAAAAGACAGCUCCAGUUUUACAGGAACCUGGGCAAGUCCGGCCUCCGGGUCUCCUGCCUGGGGCUCGGAACAUGGGUGACCUUCGGAGGCCAGAUCACGGACGAGAUGGCAGAGCAGCUAAUGACCUUGGCCUACGACAAUGGCAUCAACCUCUUCGAUACCGCAGAAGUCUACGCGGCGGGCAAGGCUGAAGCGGUGUUAGGAAACAUCAUCAAGAAGAAAGGCUGGAGACGAUCCAGCCUCGUCAUCACCACCAAGAUCUUCUGGGGAGGAAAAGCCGAGACGGAGAGGGGCCUUUCCAGGAAGCACAUAAUAGAAGGUCUGAAAGCCUCCCUGGAGCGGCUGCAGUUGGAGUAUGUGGACGUGGUGUUUGCCAACCGCCCGGACCCCAACACGCCCAUGGAAGAGACGGUGCGUGCCAUGACCCACGUCAUUAACCAGGGGAUGGCCAUGUACUGGGGCACCUCGCGCUGGAGCUCCAUGGAGAUCAUGGAGGCCUACUCCGUUGCCCGGCAGUUCAACUUGAUCCCGCCCAUCUGCGAGCAGGCCGAGUACCACAUGUUCCAGCGCGAAAAGGUGGAGGUGCAACUUCCCGAGCUCUUCCACAAGAUAGGAGUGGGCGCCAUGACCUGGUCCCCUCUGGCCUGUGGCAUCGUGUCCGGAAAGUACGACAGUGGCAUCCCGCCCUACUCGAGAGCCUCCUUGAAGGGCUACCAGUGGCUGAAGGACAAGAUCCUGAGUGAGGAGGGCCGGCGCCAGCAGGCCAAGCUGAAGGAGCUGCAGGCCAUCGCCGAGCGCCUGGGCUGCACCCUCCCCCAGCUGGCCAUAGCCUGGUGCCUGAGGAACGAGGGGGUCAGCUCCGUGCUCCUGGGCGCUUCCAGCACAGACCAGCUGAUGGAGAAUAUUGGAGCAAUACAGGUCCUUCCAAAACUGUCGUCUUCCAUUAUCCACGAGAUCGAUAGCAUUUUGGGCAAUAAACCCUACAGCAAAAAGGACUACAGAUCCUAAGAAGCCCCCGGCCGUUUGCCUGGACGGUUUCCGUUUCCCUCCUAGCCUCUCUGUUAGCUCGCUUAAGCUAUUUUGAAGCCAAGUCAAGAGUGUGGUUCGCUUCAAAAACAAAACAACGCACCAAGAUGUCACCAGGAAAAGACUGCAGAAGUCGCUGCCACACACCAUCCGCUGCUUCUCAGGACCGCUGUCGGGUUCCUGUCAGGGAGUCAGCAUUGAUUCGAAGGCACUCGUGCGGUCCCACCCAAGCCUGCCGUCUCUGCUCCUCCUCCAAGAAACCACCAUGUUUUCGCCCAGCCA